AUGCAGAUGCUGGCAUUGCCCCAAGUUGAUAACAAUGCCAUCAUUUGCUGCAGACAGAAAUGCAAUGGGCAUGAUGAGUAUGUUUUUGUUACACAUCAAGACCCAAUAACAGACAACUCGUUCAACAACAGCAGCUCAGGUUCUAAUGAGGAGUCUGACUCUGAUGAGGAGCUUGUGCAAAUUCAUACAGCCAUUGCUCCUCCUUUAGAUGCUGCAUCCCCUCAAGAGCUCUGUCAGCUCACAACAAAUGAACUUGCCCUAGUGGUGAAGGAAGAUGUCAUCAAGGCCCAUGGGCGCAACAAAGAGCAAUGGCUCUCUCCGCUUACUAUUGAGAAUAGUGUCAAAGCCAAGUUAUUCCUCUUUAUUCCUAAGACCGACCAUGAGUUGAUGAGCCAUAAAAACUUUGGGCAUAGUUUUGCAAAGGCAUCAAUUUUUGGCACUUAUACUAAGUUUGCGCCAGUUCUAUUCCCUGAUCCCGAGAAACCAUCAUCACAGAUCUUGCUAAAGACAGUCAAGCUUGUUCAGGCAAUCUUUCUCCUCUUGGGUGACAAGGACCUCCUUCCAGAAGAAGACUUUAAACAUGCCUUGGAAGAUGAGAUGAAAGGACCUGUCUUUAGUGCCAGUACUCCACUGGUGCUGUCUCUGCCCUCCAACGAACCUUUGCCUUCUAUCGAUGAUGCUGAGACUAAUGAUACACAUGCUGCAGCUCAAAUUGGACCCUCAGAAUCUAUCUCUACUGCAAUGCAAGAUCUAUUCUUAGGUCUGGACACACAGGAUCAAGUGGUAUCAGAGCAUGACAAUAUUGAUAUGCCAGUAAUUGCUGACACCACCACAAAGCCCAAACCUAAGCCCAAGCCCAAACAUGAGAAGGGAAAGACUGUCAAUGAAAUUUCACUUGCCCCUUUGAUGCUUUCAAAAUGCCUUCCAAUUAAGGAUAAGUACACACAAGGCCAGAUAAUACUCAUGCAGUCUCAUAGCCAUCUGCAAUGCACUCUGGAUCUCACCAGGACAUCACUUACAGCCAAACAACUUUCUCAUCGGCAUAAAGGCAAGUGUGUCAACCAAGUUGACAAUUUUUGGCAGUUGAAAAACUUCUUCAAGGGUGUUUCUGUCAUGCUUGUCCACCAGCCAGGCCUCAAAAGGAUUCAUCGAGUAUUGAUUGUUAAUGCUGGAAACUUUGAGUUCGAGAACACAACAGUCAAGAACCCUCAAGAUUGCCUUUGCAUUCAUCUCUGCGCUUGUAUCUCAGGCAAACCCCCAUGGGCACAGGUGCGGGUAUUGGUCAGCAAGCGGCUGAAGAAGCCCAUUUUUGCAAUUUUGUGA